UGCCUGCUGUUGUUGACACUGCGCACCAACAGCACCUCAGGGACGCUAACGUUUCAUACAUGUUCGUGUUUUAAAUACCAAACUUUACGCUUGUGCCGGCUACUUGUUUAUACCGUCGUGUCAAGGUGGUUUUAAUUGAUCGUUCUGUACUCUGGUUGUCCGUUUACUGUCCGCUGACGGCUGCCAACUUUGCGUCGUAGCUAGCAUCGGAGGCUAACCGUUAAUGGAGGAAGUUAGCUAAUUAGUGAGCCAUGGAGAGCAAAUUUAAAUCCAGCUAAUAGAAUUACACUUUGUAGGCGGGUUUUAAUCCCAGCUAAGUGCGUGAAACUUGUCGGGACAACACUCAAAACAAGAUGGCAGUAGAGCUGGAUGUGUUCGUAGGUAACACCACUAUCAUGGAUGAGGAAGUUUACCAGCUCUGGUUGGAUGGAUACACAGUGAAUGAUGCAGUGAAGGUCCGCAUGGAGGGAGGAGUAAUGGAUGAGUGUGAAGCAAGUGCAGAUGUUCUGCUGAGUGACACUAUGGACCAGUACAGGACUUUCCAGAUGUGUGAGCGUCUGCUGCACAGUCCAGCGAAACUGGCCAACCAGCUGCUGUUCCAGAUCCCACCCCAUCGACAGACCGUUCUCAUAGAGAGAUAUUAUGCCUUUGAUGAUGCAUUUGUUCGUGAGGUCCUGGGGAAGAAACUCUCCAAAGGAACGAAGAAAGACUUGGACGAUAUCAGUGCCAAGACAAGUGUGACACUGAAAAGCUGCAGACGACAGUUUGACAACUUCAAACGCGUUUUCAAAGUAGUGGAAGAGCUAAAGGGACCCCUGGUGGAGAACAUACGUCAGCAUUUUCUUCUCUCUGACAAGCUUGCAAGGGAUUACGCUGCCAUUGUUUUCUUUGCCAACAAUCGCUUUGAGACAGGGAAAAGAAAGCUGCAAUAUCUCACUUUCCAGGACUUUGCUUUCUGUGCCGGGCAGCUUAUCAACAACUGGACAGUUGGGGCCGUUGAUAACAUGGUGGAAGACAUGGACGUCGAUCUUGAUAAAGAGUUUCUACAAGAGCUGAAAGAACUUAAGAUUUUAAUCACUGAUAAAGAUCUGCUGGAUCAACACAAAAGUUUGGUCUGUACAGCUCUCAGAGGAAAGACUAAAGCUUUUAAUGAGAUGGAGGCUAAUUUUAAGAAUCUUUCCAGAGGCCUUGUCAACAUCGCUGCAAAGUUAACCAACACAAAAGAUGUCAGAGACUUUUUUAUUGAUCUUGUGGAAAAGUUUAUUGAGCCAUGCCGUUCAGACCGAUGGACAGCUGCGGACAUGAAACUCUACCUCACUCACUACACCAACUCUGCACACAUACUUGACACAUUCAAACAUCAGGUCGUGUGGGACAGAUACAUGGGCGUCAUCAAAAGCUGUAUCUUCAAAAUGUAUCACGACUGAAGCGUUUCUUUCACGGCUCGCCCUUCUUUUCUCCUCGCUCUCCCUUCCGUUGGUUUUCCCCUGACUGAGGCCGUUAUUUUGUUCCUUCGUUCCGUCAGCGGUGAUGAAUUUGCUUCCAGUAUCGCUUCAGAUCCCCCCCCCCCGUGUCCCUUCAGUGUCUGUAAAUUUGGUCUGUAAAUAAAAUUAGCGUAUUUACAUCAAA